CCCGGAGUUCCCACACGUCUCUAAAAUAUGGUUCUUUGAUGGAUGGAUAAGUAAAGCAGAGCAAUUUAUUACUAUUUGCGAAAAAAGUGGUUGUUCGUGAUUUGCAUCUAAAUUCAUUUUAGGCGACGGUUUUCUGUAACGUAAGGAGAAUAAGUUGGCAGUGUUAUUUUAUAGUCCUUGCUGUGAACAACAACAAAACGUAAGUAUUUACAGUCCACAAGUCCACUUUUCAUUUCAACUGCUUCCAUCCACUUGGUUGAACGACGCCAAGCAAACUAGAUAUCUGCAAGGAACUCUUGAUUCUUGUGGUUCGCUGCUGGUCAUUGUGAGAUAAUUGUGGUCAAUAUCAAUCAAUGAGGGUGAGACAUCUUCAGUUCUCCUUCACUUUACCACCUGAACUUGUGUCGAGACUUACUCAUCAUUAAAGUUUAGCUCAUCUUUGUCCCCAUUCUUCACACUUGGUACUUAAGCCGUAGGACCUCACCUUGAAGGGAAAAACGAUUGCAUGUUACGCAAUAAUUGUUUUGUGUGUGUACCUUCCCAAUUGCUUGUUGGAUGGACGAAGCCAAGAGUGUGAAGACCAUGUGUUGGUUAACGAUGCAAGUUGAUCAGUCAUGUCUCAUCGAUGGACACCAACGACAAUUCCUAAAGUGACUGAAACGAGAAUAAUAUUCUAUUUGACUUUGAGGAUGUCGUAGUUUACGGGAGCAUGUUGUUGAAGAUUUCCCAAUUUAUCCAGCCUUACAAAUGGUCACUUGAUCAGCGUGUGUAAUUAGUUACAAUAUAAUAAUUCGUACAAGGUGCGUGCAGUGGUGCGGUUCGAGAUUCAAGUUUAUAUGCAUAUAAUUCAUACGAAGCCCAUUUAUAGCGUAGUGUGUCAGGGGGAGGAGAAUGGUUGGGCAAGUUGGUUCUACGACACACCAUAAAAUAAAAUAAAAGGGAAACUUGAUGCAGAUUUACGAUUACUAUUAUUUCCUAACAAAGUUUUUUGCAGUCUAGUCACAUUUGUUCUCUAUCACGGUGCAGCGUGCAUUUUAAUGCGACAUAAGUACGUACGUGAUUAUAAAUAUUAUGAACCGGUGAAGUACGGAAAUACAGACUUGAAUCUCAAAUUCAAGGUCAUUUUGUGGAUAUGGGAGCACUAAAAAGUUUCAAAAAGUAUAGACUUGGCCUGCUAAGAUUUAGUUUUCUACUCCUCCUCCCCCACUGCAUUUCGCAGGAGGAUAGCCAUGAAAAUGCGACAGAGAUCGUUGGAGGCGUCCCCACUGAACAGGGGGAACCGCUGGAAGUACUUCCGGAAGACUUGUACCCCACGGUGAACAAGUGUUGCCCGUUUAAUUGGAGUUAUGAGAAUGAAAAGUGUGUGAAAUCGGGGGGAGGAAAUGACACCUCGUCGGAACCAGAACAGGAAGCGUCCUAUUGGGAAGCCCCCAAGACAAUUGUGACAUUGGCCAAAGACUUUCAUACGUUUAAUACGACGGAAAUUUUGGGAGAUCCAGUAGUUUUCAGGUUAAACGUAGGACAACCCAACUGCACUACGAAGAAGUUUGAAAUCACACACAAUGACCUGUCGGGCGCAGAUAACUUGGACUCAGUUUUGGCACUGUCUCCCAAUGGAUACUUGCUCUGGUCGGAUGAGGGUUCCGUGCAUCAAGUGCCGUCUCAAGAUUUCUGCAUAGAUCAGCACAAAAGCGAAUCCAACUAUGUGGCCGUUUUCUGCUCUCCCGUUUGCGACGAGACCCACCCCUGUGUCCGCAAGUGUUGUAAUCCAGAAGCCAUUUUGUACAACAAUAGUUGCGUCCUGAGCACAAAGCAGUGGGAGCCAUUUUUAUACUCGAGUCCUGGUCAACUCGCCGCCCCCGACUCGAAGAGACCCAUCCAUUACAAGAUUGGCGUUCCAAACUGUGAUUAUUACUCCGUUUCGUUGAGGACGGAGGAAACUGAAAAGGUGUACUUGCUGCUCAAUGGAACUCUGGUUUUGGAUUCGAACGGGAAGAAAGUCUAUUACGAGCCAGACACAUUUUGCUUGGAUGGAUCUCUGACGACGACAUUUGCCGAAGAUGAAACUGGAACUGACGAGUAUCCCGACCAAUAUCAAGUUGUUUAUUACAGUGGUCAAGAACUGGACCAAAUGGUUAUCUUGUGUUACAACCCUGCCGACGAAGUUAACGGCCAGCAACCCGAAGACUGGCGACUUAUGCUGUACGCCUGUGUGACGUUGAUAUCGUCAUUUUUCCUCCUCCUAACUGCUCUUGUCUUCAUUGCGUUAUGGGAAUAUCAGAACAUUCACGGGUGGCUCCAGUUCUGCUACGUGCUUUCUCUCCUCUUCGCUUUCACCUUCCUCGCUAUCGUCCAAUUGUCGUCGGAUUCAAUUCAAGAGAUUUCUAGCGUUUGUUGCAAAAUGAUUGGUGCAUUCAUACAUUUCCUCUUUUUGUCCGCGUUUUUCUGGCUCACUUCGAUGAAUUUCGACUUGUGGUGGACGUUUAGCGGUUGUCGACCAAUGAGGGCUAGUAACUCGACAGGGGAGAAGAAGCGUUUCUGCUGCUUUGCCCUGUUCUCGUACGGACUUCCGGGAUUAAUCGCCUGUGUUGGUUUGGUGUUGGACAGCUUGUAUCGAGACAAUCCUUACAUUAUCACUCCACGAUUUGGAGAACGUUACUGCUACUUUUACGGAGAUAAGGAGAAACUUCCCUACUUCUAUGGUCCCGUGGGUCUGCUGCUAACAAUAAAUUCAGUCUUCUUCAUAAGUACCAUUUAUUCACUUCACAAACUGCAAAAUGACACUAAAUUUGCGACGAAGCAGAGCUCCAAACAGGAAAAGAAAAGAUUUCUCCUGUUCAUGAAGCUCUUCGUCGUGAUGGGCGUGCUUUGGAUAUUUGAAGUGAUUUCAUGGGCAACAAUGGUGCUCAAUCACAAAGAACAGUACCUGAAAAACUUAUUCCUCCCGACCGACCUGCUCAUUGGAGCCCAGGGAAUUGCGAUUUUCAUUAUUUUUACAUGCAAACCCAACACGUGUCGACAAAUAGAAUCUCAACUCAAAAGAUUUGCAAAGUAUUUACAAGAUAAAAGAGAUCAUGCCGCAGCAAAUCCCACAUUUAUGAAAACAGAAUACAUAAUUGCUGGUUUGUGCAUGGUCGUAAUUCCUGUGGUGAACAGGGUCCGAUAUCUUCUUAGUCUUUGCUGCCAUGUUACGAGGAAAUUAGAAAGUCGGCGAAACAUGAGUCAUACAAACACGAUAACUUCCACGAUUUGGGACAAGUCGAGAAAAGUUAGCGACAUGGGGUUGACUGCCGUGACAAAUGUGGAUAUGGAACUCGACGUGACAUCGCCAAAGUCUAAAAAGUUGGAUGUAUUGUCGACAACUACAAUUUUCAAAAACCCGUAAAAUCAGCAGCGUUGAAAUUUCAACAAACUAUACAAAUCGAAUGUAAAGUGAUAACUUAUAUAAAUAUUUUUUCGAGUAAUCGUGAUAAGACUAUAAAUAAUUCAGAGUCAGUAAAUUACCAAGAGUGGUAAAUGAACUUGCAUACUCUGCAAGUUGCAUUGUUGAAGAGUUAGCAUUCAGUGCUUACAUAAUAUACAAAUAAUAUUCCAAAUUGAUCUGUUUUUCUCAAUUUUGUACCAUAUUUCUCAAAAAUUAAGUCAAAGAAUUGUUGCUCAUGUCAAGAUGAAUCUAAGGCAUAAGGCUUGACGAGUGUUUAUAAAGUACAACAAUUAAUAUUUGUCGAGUGAGUACACUUGUAUACAUUUACCCAAAAUGAAUAAAUAAUGAAUAAAUCAGUUAAAACUAAGUGAAACCAAA